CAUAGAUGUCAAAGGCUGCAGCUGCUCCCUUUGCCACAUUAUUACUAGUAGGGGAAUCCUCACAGACCAUGGCCACAGCUGCCUCGAAUCCCUACAGCAUUCUCAGUUCCAGCUCCCUGAUCCAUGCGGACUCCGCAGGCAUGCAGCAAGGGAGUCCUUUCCGCAAUCCUCAGAAACUUCUGCAAAGUGAUUACUUGCAAGGAGUUCCAGGCAACGGGCAUCCCCUUGGGCAUCACUGGGUGACCAGUCUGAGCGAUGGGGGUCCAUGGUCUUCCACACUGGCCACUAGCACUCUGGACCAGCAGGACGUGAAGCCCGGGCGAGAAGACCUGCAACUUGGUGCGAUCAUUCAUCACCGAUCACAUGUAGCACACCACUCACCGCACACUAACCACCCGAACGCCUGGGGGGCAAGCCCUGCGCCAAACCCGUCCAUCACCUCAAGCGGCCAACCCCUCAACGUGUACUCCCAGCCAGGCUUCACAGUGAGCGGCAUGCUAGAGCACGGUGGACUCACCCCACCACCAGCCGCUGCCUCCACACAAAGCCUGCACCCAGUCCUCCGGGACCCCCAGGACCACAGCGAACUGGGUUCGCAUCACUGCCAGGACCACUCCGACGAGGAGACGCCAACCUCUGACGAAUUGGAACAGUUCGCCAAACAAUUCAAACAAAGAAGAAUCAAACUGGGUUUUACGCAGGCUGACGUGGGGCUGGCCCUGGGCACACUGUACGGCAAUGUGUUCUCCCAGACCACUAUCUGCAGGUUCGAGGCCUUGCAAUUGAGCUUCAAGAACAUGUGCAAGCUGAAACCCCUGCUGAACAAGUGGCUGGAGGAGGCAGAUUUGUCCACAGGUAGUCCAACAAGUAUUGACAAGAUCGCAGCACAGGGCCGCAAGAGAAAGAAGAGAACCUCCAUUGAGGUGAGUGUCAAGGGCGUUCUGGAGACGCAUUUCCUCAAGUGUCCCAAGCCUGCAGCACAGGAGAUCUCCUCGCUGGCAGACAGCCUCCAGUUGGAGAAAGAAGUAGUGCGUGUCUGGUUCUGUAAUAGAAGGCAAAAAGAGAAAAGAAUGACUCCACCAGGCGAUCAACAGCCACAUGAGGUUUAUUCGCAAAAGGUGAAAACAGAUACGUUGUGCCAUGAUCUCUGACUGGAGGAAACCAGCAGAAGGCCAUUCGCACUGGGAGCAGAGCGGAUUUCUCUCCUCACUCUCUUUCUCUCAUUAUAACAUCUCUCUCUCUCUCUCUCUCUCUCUCUCUCUCUCUCUCUCUCUCUCUCUCUUAAUUCUAACUAAUCUUAAAAAAGGGAAACACAUAUACUCAUAUUCAGUUUUCUCUAAUCUGAUACUCAGUUAUACUAAAUAAUCCAGGUGGGGAACUCCUAUUCCCUGCUGCCUGGGCAAUUUCCUGCCAAUCCUCUUUGCUGGUCAAUAUAUCUUGUUUACUUAGUAAGGUUUGGUUUUUUUUGCUUCUCUCUAAAUAGAGCAAAGAGUGGGGUAACCUGGGAGCAGGGGUGGGAUGGGAAGACAGACGUGUGCCUCUGAAUAACCUUUCAGCGCCUUGGUUAUAGCAGCUGUAUUUCAGGUGAAAUCUGUUUUACAAUAGAGUAGUUUUGCAUUUUUAAAAACUUGUAUAAUGUUUCUAAAGUCUACAGUGUUUUACUACAAGCUGUACACAAUAUUUGUGAAAUAAUUUGUAUCUAACCGACCACUACACAUUAUUAUUGUUAUCAUUAUUUUGUGAUUGAGCUGAUAGUUUUUUAAUUACUUAGAAUAGGAGUAGGAUGGGAAGAAGAAGGAGAGAAAUGCCUACCCACUCACCAAAAUCUGUAUGGAGAGGAGAGGAUAUAAUGGAAAGAGUAGUUGAUGAGAAUAUUAGCUAUUUUCCACGGAUAGUGAGGUACCCAAGAUGAGCAGAAUAGGCAACCUGAUUAGGUUUACAAACUAGCUCAAAGUAGGAGAGGCAUCUUACAGCUUUCUGUCCUGUGUUCUGAAGCUGUAGAGCCCCCAAGGGUACCACAGUUGAAAUCCUGAUGUUUGAGUAUUCCGAUGUAGCGCCUCAGGAUGACCUGAGAAUGGUUUUACGCUGGGGUCCUGGAUAUAUGCCAGUGGAUCUCUGUAUAGGCUUGCAGCCUAGCCAGAUCGACCGCCUGCAGGACCUUAGCUGUGCUCUCCCGGAUUUAGAGGAUUUAGUCCUCACAAGGCAAUGCUUCCUUCAGACCAAGAUGGGGAAAAGCUAACUCCUGGCCGCGCUAGCACUUCCCGGUUCAAUUCACCUCCAGUUUACAACCCGCUCUCCGUGUAAGAAACCCUCCGGGGGAAGGGUGGUAGUCUGGAGUGGGCGACAGUUACUGUGUUCCGUACAGAACGACAAUGAAACGAUUGGCAAAGUUCACGGGGAUUUUAGUCCAAUCAGUACCCCUUGUCUCUAGUGUAUAUACACUGCUCUCUUCGCUGUCUCCUUGAUUCUGACAAGUACAGCUGAUGGAAGCGCAAGAGAAGAUCGACCAAGCUAGCCAGCGCUGGGGCACUGGGUUCCAGCUUUUUUAUCUCUUGGCGCCUGUGUCUCUGAGAGUGUGCCUACGUGCGCGUGCAAACGUGUGUGUAGAUAGCUAUGAGUAUCGUAUUACUGUAUUUAAAAAACACUCCAAAAAUUUGCUAGAUUAUAUGCAAAUCCCCAAAUUAUACAGUUGCAGUGGCUUUAUUGCUAGCUCUCUUGUCCACAUGCCAGGUUCACAGGUGCACCUCACUCCCAAGGAACUCACGUGUGCUGGGCGGGCAGACAAUGCCACAGACAGUUGCAGCCUGCUGUACUUGGGUGGAAGUUCUUCAUGCCAGACUCGUAGCCAAAGUGGCCUCUGGGAGUUGCUGCAGUAGAUAAAGUUUCAAAUUACCUAAGGACCAGAAAACCUUGGCCCCUUGUCUGCAGGCAUUGCCAGUGGGUUGCCAGGCCUCUGGCUUAGCAUGCUUAGCUCUGACCCCAGCUGCCGGUCGAAAGCAUUUAUUAAUUCAAAUUUCAGACCAUUUUAGUCUUUUUGUCAAGCUUCUUCAUUCUGCAGGUAAUUAGAUUUUAGUUCUGGGCUUGAAUUUUCCAUAUUGAAUUCAUGUUUCACAAACUCUUCGCUUAGUUUUUAUUGUUGUUUCUGUUUGUUUGUUUGCUUCUAUUUUUUUCUUUCCAAUUAAAUGCUAUGAUCAAGCCUAAGUUAACCCAAAUAUUUCAGCCGACUUUAUAACUGUACAGUUUUGUAUAUUAAACGUUUUGAAGUUAUUAAUUUAAAAAGAUCAUUUAUUCAUUUAGUAACAUGUAUAAUAAACACUAUUUUCAUUAA